UCUCAUUGUUUCUCUGUCCAGUGGAGGGAGAGCUGCAGCUUUUCACUGUUUAAAUGUUCUUCAUCCAACAGAGACAAACUGCUGGAGGAAAAUAAUUCAUCUGACAGCAAAGAUGCAGUGGAGUCUGAUUCUGCUCUUCCUGAUGGCUCAGUGUUGUUUCAUGGACUGUCAGCUCUAUCAGUUUCUCUACAUUAAUGAGAAUAAGACCUGGACUGAAGCUCAGCAGUACUGCAGAGAGAAACACACUGACCUGGUCACAGUGACUAACAUGAAGGACAUGAAGAGACUCAUCAACAUCUCAGCUGGAGAAAUGAAGGAAGCUUGGAUUGGUCUGUAUAAUCAAACACAUGGUACCAGAACAUGGUACUGGUCUCUGCCUGGAGUGGAGUUCAAUGAAAGUGAGACAAACUGGAUAUCAGGAGAACCAAAGGAUAGAAAGAACUGUGGACAUUUGUUUAAAGGCCUCAGAUGGAGAUGGAUAUCUAUUGAUUGUAGUCAAGGUUUACAUUUCCUUUGUUAUAGUGAAAGUGACACAUCCAAGAAAUACCACUUGAUUAAAGAGGAGAAGUCCUGGCAGGAAGCUCAGAGUUACUGCAGAGAGAAACACACAGACCUGAUCAGUGGAACGAAGCAGAUAGAGGAUGAAGAAGUGGAGAAAUUGAUGAACUCUGCAGACCCUCCACAAUUAUAUAUUGGUCUGUUCAGAGACACCUGGAGGUGGUCAGAUGGAAGCAGUUUCUCCUUCAGACACUGGAAUCUACAGUUUAACAAUCAGCAAUACAUCAAUGGUCAAUGUGCCAUGACUGUGUUUGAUGAUGGAGGCAGAUGGAGGAAUGAGAACUGUGCUGAAAGAAAACCCUUCAUCUGUUAUGAUGAUGAAUUGAUCCUGAUUAAAGAAAAUAAAACCUGGGAGGAUGCCUUGUACUACUGCAGAGAUCAUCACCAUGACCUGGUCACCAUCACCAACAUGGAGGAUCAGAGAUUAGUCCAGCAGGAAGCCCAGUUUGCAUCGACUGAUUAUGUCUGGAUUGGACUGAGCUACGCCUGGACUCUGGAUUUCUGGUUCUGGGUCAGUGAUGAGAUGGUCAGCUAUGAGAACUGGGCCAAAGGUCAACCGAUGGAUGACUGUGACAUGUCUGGAGCCAUGGAGACGAAAAGGAACCAUCAGUGGUCCAAAAGAAAUGAUGCUGAGAAGUUUAAUUUCAUCUGUUCUAAAGAGUGAAAUCCAUUCUGUGCUUCUUCGUAAAUAUUUCUUUGAAAAAAAGGUAUAUCAGUUUUAAGUGAAUUAGAAGAUAAAGUAAUUAUCCACAAUUGCUAAAUGUUCUAAACAACAUUUUCGAUUAAUUCAGCAGAGACGUAUGCUUUCUAACCAAUGCACUCUGUAGAACGUUUCUUAGUUAUUUGGUGAUCUUUGUUCUCACAAAACAUUGCAUAGGAUCCAUACUAAAAAUGUGUGUG